AAGAAGGGGUGCAUGAAGGGGAAGGGAGGCCCUGAAAAUGCCUUAUGUGCCUAUAGAGGGGUGAGGCAGAGGACUUGGGGCAAAUGGGUGGCUGAGAUCAGGGAGCCCAACAAGGGAGAUCGGCUUUGGCUGGGCACCUUUGCUACCUCUGAAGAGGCUGCCCUUGCGUAUGACACCGCCUCUCGUAAGCUCUAUGGCACCUCGGCAAGGCUCAAUUUACCAGAAUUUAGUCCUUUCGCGCCUAAAUCCCUGAUCUCUAGUGGUGGUGGUGGUAAUGAAAAUGCUAAUGUGUCAUUAGCUUCGGUUUCAAAUCGAAAUCUGACCACUUCUAAGAGCCAGUCGGAACAAGGGGCCUUGGAAGCAAAGGCUUCUGCUGCUUUCUCGGAGAUUCAGAACUCAUGCCUUCUACAACACUGCUCUUCGCCUGUGAAGAAUUUUGAGCCAUACGACGAUGAAAACUUGUUUUGCGAGGAUUCGAUCUUGGACGUGGAUGUUGAUGCUGACCUUUGUCCGGUUUUCAAAAUAUACUGUGACGAAGAGAACCAGAGGCAAGAGCUGUUGGGCUUGCAGGAUCUCGAGUGUGAAAGGAUUUCUGAUGUGGUCCAUGAGAUUUCGGCCCCGGACUUUGCAGCCGAUAAUGGUGGCAUGGAGGCUGGGGAGGAGUGGAUGAAUUGGCAAGAGGGCUGUGAUCCCUCACACUGGUCUUGGUGCUCUUAA